AUGGAGGGCUAUCACCCAGAGCUGAAGGUGAUACUUGAUGAUGGAAACUACACUCACAUUGAAGGAGUAACUACAGCAGUGCCUCGAGAACGCUGGACUACAGCCCAACGUGAUGAUUACAAGUUCAAUGCUAGAGCACUGGCACAGAUCAAUGGUAGUUGCUCAAAGAAACAGUUUGAGCUGAUUCAGGGCUGUACUACGUCAAAGGAGGCGUGGGAUAUCCUCCAGAUCCACUUUGAAGGGACAAGUCAAGUUCAAAGCUCAAGGAAGGAUCUAUUGGCAACUAAGUUUGAGAAUAUGAGGAUGGAGGAACAUGAGUCAAUUGCUGACUUUAGCUCGAAACUUAGCUCACUCGUUCAGGAGUCUCCGUACCCUGGGAAAGCCUCGUGUCAACAAUGGAAGGAAGCCUAUGACAAGAACGAGGGGACGAGUAAAACCGAGUCACAGUGUCAUGAAUGCAAGGGAUAUGGACACUUCAAGACCGACUGCCCCACUGUCAAGAGGAGAAGCAUUACUUGCUACAAGUGCAAAGGAAUAGGUCAUACACAACAAGAAUGUGAGUAUGAUGAGAAGAUGGGGAAGUCGAUGAUGGGCGUUGCUGAUGAAGAUUCUGAAGGAGAGUCUGAAGAUGAGGAAGAAGUCAGAAGUUCGAAUGCCUUGGUAGAAGUUGGGAAGGAAAACAUUGAGCUCAAGAAGGAGAAUACUCGUCUUACUGCACGAGUUGACGAACUUCAGAAAGCACUUCAAGCCGAGAAGGAUCUCAACAUGGAUAAUCUUAACAUCGUGCUUGAAAAGAUGGAUGCAGUUAAACGAGCAGACGACAUUACCAAGGAGUACUUUCUGGAAAAGGAGAAUUCCAGAAAUCUACAAGCUGAAUUGGAUCAACACAGAAAGCAACUCAAGAUGCUGACUGGUACUAAGGAACUCGACAAGAUUCUGAGCAUUGGCCGUGAUGUCCAUCAAGCAGAUACUAAGACACCAGCUCAGAAACUUGAUUCCAUUCUCAAAACUGGGAAUCGAGGGAAGAGCACCAUGGGACUGGGAUAUGAUUCUUCUCCAACUCGCAAUCCGAAAGGAUUUCAGAGUCCAAGAGGAAAACAUCAAGGAAAGGAGUGCUAUUUCUGUGGGUCCUUAGGACAUAUCAGGGCUUUCUGCAACAAGUACUGGGCUAGAGUCGACUAUGCAUGGAAACGAGGACGCUAUCAUUGGAAUCGUCAUCUAAACCAGUUCUUCAUCAGAAAAUCGGAUCUAUAUCAGAAUCCUGCCCGACGUACAUCAACUGGUGGUUCAAGACAGCGUGUCUACUCCAACAUGGCCUUACUUGAAGAAAUCGACGAAGCUGACAACACUGGACCAUGGUACUUCGAUAGUGGAUGCUCCAGACACAUGACAGGAGUCAAAGAAAAUCUUCAGGAAGUGAAGAAGCUAAAAGGAGGGAAGGUCACUUUUGGAUGUGGAACCAAAGGGAAUGAUUCAAGGCAAGGGACGCACCUCUGA